CUGCACAAGAAAACCUGUGCAGGCAAAUGUGCACACACAAAGCGGCCGAACCGGAGUUCCAAAAAAAAACAAGCAGCAACGGAAACAAAAACAUGAGUUAACGAGUUGGCCCUAUAGACAGGACAAGACGUGAAAGAGUUCCCAACAUCGUCGAUCCGUCUGCAUGAACUUUUACACUUUAAACUCGAAUGAGUAUCAUUUCUACGCGCAAGUUGUCACUUUUUUUUUUUUUUUUCUGUUUUUGUUUUUUCUUCUUCACAUUGCUCGAACUUUUGUCUGUAAUUUUUAAGGAAAAAUCAUCAUUGUUUUCCUCCCCAGGUGGUGACACACCAAUCAAUCGCACACUGAGGAGAAGCGUGCAACUGCUCAGCAACCCAACUGAUGUAGCAUAUUUGUAAUUUUUGUUAAUUAUAUCCCUUUUUUGUAAAAGAAGUCGAGCUCGAGGAGCAGCUGUUAAUAGAUUAUUGGCGCUCCACCCAACCCAUCCUGCAACAUUUGCAUCUUUCGCAAGAUCGCUCAGCAGACGAAUCCCAAUUUUCGGAAAAACACAACAUUAUGGAGCGAAAACAAUGCGCGCUUUUUUUUAGAGACUGUUGCAAAGAAAGGAAUGACUCUCCCCCGAAGAGCAACCACCAGGCGAGUGAACACGAUGAGAUGUACUACGAAGGAGAAACCCAACAGGUGUAUGAACAGGUGGAAGAAAGACCAGUCAUAAAUGUAAAAGGAGACCAGCCAGUCUUUAACAUACCAGUAUAUCAAGACAAGUACAUCAGAGACAAAAUAAUCGAAACGAAAAAAUAUGAAGUCCAAGACGUUCUGCAGCCAAAACAUUAUACGCAAGAAACAAAGCAUGACGUACCAACAGUGGAGUUACUAUUUAAAGAAAGAAAAGUGAACAUCUCUCAAGAAAAAAUGAAAGAAAAAACAGUGGAAGUUGAUAUGCCGAUAGGAUAUACCCCUGUAUUCUCUCCCAUUUGGGAUGUCCGAGAGAUACCCAGGGUCAUACCAAAAUAUGAAGGAGAGCAAAAAGUAAUUCAAGUGGAAGUUCCUCAAAUUAAAUAUAUAGACAAAUUUGUGGAAAAAGAAAUUAUCGUUGAUGUAAAAGAAAAAAUAAUUCCUAAAAUUACGCAAGUGGAGAAACAGAUUGAUAUUGUAAAAUAUGAGUGGAAGGAAAAAUACCAGGACGUCCCUGUUUGUAAAUACGUCCCUAAGAUAGACAUCGAGUUGGACUGCCCGCCGCCACUCAUUGUGCCCUACCCGGAGGUCCACUUUCAAAACAUGUCCGAGGUUGUGAACCCUAACCAGCGCGCUGCGGACAUCCCCCCGGAGAUACUCCUCAGGAACAGCUCCUUCUUCAAGGAGGGGCGCGAAAACGUAGAGGGGGACGAGAGGAAACAUGGCUACAACUUCCUCGGAGACCACACCUUCCAGCACCGCGGGGAGUACCAAGGCGGCCCCCACGCGAGCGCAUCCAACACGCACGUGGACGCCCUGGUGAAAAAGUCCCUUCUGGACGUCGCGCGGUUGAACUCACAAAACGGAAAAGGCGAAACGCAGCGAAGGGGGUCCCAACCGCUAACCCCAAUGGAACUCAAAAAGAAAAAAAAAAACAACCAAUGGCCCUUUUGCAAUUUUACCAACUGUAACCAAGUGGAAGAAAAAAAACACCUGGAAGACUGCGACCCUAAGACUGGCUACCCCCUAUCCAUGCCUAAAGACUUUGCCGCAUUUUUUAAAAAAGAUUUGAACACGGUUAAGAAGCAAAUGGGGCAGCACACAGACAGCAAGUCUACCCAAUCGAGUAACCUCAUGGAGAAGAGUCCCGUCAACCCUACCAUAGAAUACCUAGGGAAAAUUGAUAAGCCACCCAUUGAUGGGGGAAAACUUGAUCCGAUCUCUUUCAAGUUGCACGCUAUCGAAGUGCAUCAGUUCAUUCCUGUGCCAAGUCUUGCCAAGCCACAAUUUUUGGAUCUAGUACCACCUGAACAGGUUCAGAAUAAUGAUAUUUCGUCUCUCCAAAAUGUGUUUGGACAAGUUCCCGAGGGAUGGGUAGACCCAAACAUUACAGGCUUCAUUGCGCCCAUGAUGUAUGACGUGUUGCAGGGGAAUGUCCAGCCGCAAAGUCCCUUAUUUAACAAACUCAGCAUGGUGAAGGACGAGAGGGGAGUCUCCUACCCUUCUGUGCGUGCCGCGCGAGAGAGGGAAAGCACCGCUGGGAGUUACCACCGUGGAAUGAGUGUGCAACGCGGCGAUCACUACGAGCAGAUGCACAUGGCGAAUACGCAUGGGUCCACGAACAGCUUCGUGCACUACAACACCAGUUCGUCGCUCAACUACACCAAUGAGAAUGACGAGUCGUAUGAAACGGUGAUGAACUGA